AUGUUCCUUCACUCCGGUGCCAGCCUACACGGCCACGAAUACUCGGCAACGCGACCAUCUCUUCAGCAACCGCCUCGACGCUUGCCAUUUCUUCGAUCUGCUCUCCGCCAGCCCCCCGACUCGGAAACGAGAACCACCGCAACCGUGGCUCCUCCACCGUCAGGCCCUACUCCUCGACCUGUGUCCUACCAUGAGCACGCUCCCGUGGCUCCCCGAACAACUCGUCCACGGCCAACCUCUGACUACAUGCCUCGGAGGGAGCUCUCAGUCCGGUUUCGCGAGCCCGAGACCGAUGACGACCUUCCACUCGUAGAGUCCCCGCAGAGCGAGGACGAAGCGUCAGCAGCCUGCUCUGAUCUGAGCGAUCUCAGCGACUGCUCAUCCUCAACCAGGAAGAGGACCAGGCGGAAGCGCGCACCGCGGAAGUCAACUCAGUUCAUUCUCGCACAUCCCGCCCCUCGAUUACGACCAAAGCAACGCAGGCUAUCGCAGGUCCGCCCGCGGCUGCUACUCCAGCUGCAGGACCUCACCGACAAGAGACCUACUCCAGCCUUUGACGUUCUCCCCUCAAGCCUGGUUGUCGGAUCUGCCAUCGUACCGCGACUAGCCAAACGAUGCCCUCGCCUCUUCUGCGCUAAGCCUGUUCUGGGCCUCAACGAUCUUCUCAUCGUUCGCAGUGAGGACUAUGAUGCACCAGCAUCCCCAGGCUCACUUGACGCGGAGGAUUGCUUGGACCAACGAGAUCUCAUUGCGGUCGUCGGCCCACUCCCUCACAUGGGAGAGGACGCCGCAGAGAUCGUGAUGGACGAUGGAUCGACCUGGGAGGCAAGCCUAAUGGCCAACGGCUCCUAUGAAUUUAUUGGUGUCGACGAGCGAGGUCGAAUUAGCACGGCACGCUGGGUGAAGAAGGCAGCCCCAGCUCUCGCGCCCACUUUCCGAGCCGCCACUAGCAACGCCUCGCCCCCAUCAAGUCCUGCGCCGCCUGAGUUCAAAUGGACUUUUAGCAUGAUACACCCAGACACUCGGAGACAUCCCAUCAUGGGCACCCUAAUGUCGAAUGCGCUGGACGUUUUCGAUACCUACAAUACUAUGUCAACUUCGAGUGGUCGAUACCCACCGACGCGGCCCACGGCUGUUGACCCCACGGGCGCACCGGACUGGACGGCCACAAACGCUACCAGUGCCGAAGGCCGAUUAACCAAAGUUGUUCCAGAAGAUAUCAAGCUUCUAAUGGUGGUGACAGCAGCGUGGAUCAACCUCCGACAGGAAGGUUGGCCAGCGAUGGCAAAUACUCGCCCACCACCAGCAACAUUACAACGGCGGACUAGCAACGCGUAUCCGCCACGAGCGCAAACCUUUCCCGUUCGGAGUGGGUUCCCAUCACCCACCCCCCAACCGAGUUUGCCGCAGCCGACAGCAAGCCCGGUGCCCCAUAUCCGAGAUCAGCCAAUCCAGGAGAUCCCGGGGCGCCGGAGAUCGAUGUCGUCUAGCGCUGGAUUUGUGAGACGAUUUGUCGCACCUCGAGCGAGCGAGGAAGGACGACCACCACUAGAGACUAUUUAUUAUGAAGCUGAAAAGGCCGAGAAGGUUGACAGAACUCAGUCGCGACGCAUGAGCAUCCGACAAAUAACGAACAAGAUCUUCCGCAGGAAGAGUGUUUCACAGGCGCAA